AUGGAUUCUGGUGACAAGAUUCGGAUUCUAGAUCUGUUGCCCGGCGGUGACGGGGAUGACAUCCAUGGUAUUCUUCGCGAUGUAGGUCUCGGGGAUGGAGAACAGUACGAGGCUUUAUCGUAUGUAUGGGGAGACGGAACGAACUUGAGAACAGUCAAAGUCUCCGGAAGAAGCAUCGAGGUAACCGAGACCCUCUUCGCGGCUUUGAAACGUCUUCGAAAUCAAAGAGCUACAAGGUCCCUAUGGGCCGACCAACUCUGCAUCAAUCAGUGGGAUGCCAAGGACAAAGCAAAUCAAGUCAACAUGAUGCGUGACAUUUACAGGAGUUGCACGCAGUGCUUGAUCUGGCUGGGAGAGAUCCAAGACACAGGCGGAAUUGCUCUGACUGAUGUAGAGGGUGCUUUCGACUUCAUCCGCUUGUGUGCAGCAUGUUCUGAGGACUCGCAACUAGGCAUUGCUAUCCCGCCUAGUCUCUCAACUCCUGAUCAACUGGAGGGAGCCUACCGAGCCUUUAAGACCCUAACUCUGAAUGGUCAUCCAUGGUGGUCUCGGAUUUGGACAGUCCAAGAAGUAGUCCUUCCGCCCAAGGUCCUUGUCAGAUGGGGGCCACUUUCCCUCCCCUGGAGCAUAGUCGCAAAGGCAGCCUCCAACCUUUGCUCGUCACGAAAUCCGGCCCCGGUUUCUCUUCUCAAAAGAUUCUACGGCCUCAUCAACGACUUCACCGGCCCAGUCCGCGGAUUGGGCAUUGCCCGGUAUGGAGAGAGCCCGUUAGACUUGUUUCAAAGAUGGCGAUACCGCGAUGCUACAGAACCAAGAGAUAAAGUCUACGCUCUCCUGGGGCUGUAUCCAAACAUGCCGCUUCCCCACGUCCAGUCCUGCAGCUACGAGAUUCCCACCGUAACCUUAUACACUAAGGUUACAAUCGAUCUGAUCCAGCUUCAGCAAGGUCUUAGACCACUCGUGGGGCUGCGGGGAAAAUACACACCUGGCCUCCCCACAUGGGUGAUUGAUCUGGCCGGGGCUCCCAAUAUGGAAACGUCGUACUGGUGGUGGAACCACUCACAUCGCUACCAGUGGUUCGAUGCUGGUGGAGGCGAACCGCUGAGAUGGCAGAUCUUGCACGGGGGCUCGGUGUUAUCAUUGACUGGGUUGUCAGUGGACACAGUUGAGGAGGUCGGAGAAGUUCUGAGAACAUUACCUGGACAAUAUGCCUCCGACAAACGGCUAGUCGAAACGAUGAAAUCCUGGGAGCAAAUGGUGAUAAGCUACGUGGAAUCUCAACAUCUUGAGCACAACUAUCAUAACGGUGACUCCUGGGCUAACGCCUUCUGGAGUACUAUGAUCGGGGAUUUAAUUAUGAGAGAAUUCCCAAGGCACAGAGGAGGUGCUGCUGGUCGCCAACUAGUUUUGGAGUUCUGCAAGAACGGAGGGUGGAGUGAGGUCUGUGAGUCACUACAUGGCAUGAUUAUAAACCAAAACUUUUUCAUUACGAAGAGAGGGUAUAUUGGUAUUGGACCGGCCACUACGGUGAGAGGAGAUGAAGUUUGGGUGCUUUUCGGAGCCAAAGUUCCGUUCAUUCUGAGACCAAGUACUAAUGAAAGGAGAGGAGACGAGAAAAUCCCAAAAUAUACUCUUGUAGGCAACACUUUCGUGUACGGAAUAAUGGAUGGUGAGGUCGUAAAUCUUUACAGGGAACUACAACAGGAGGUUCACAUCUGUUGA